ACCAAGGUGGAACCAUGGUGGAAGUCAUGGAGGAAACGAAUGGUGUUGUGUGGGUUCCAGCAAUAGUAGUUAAGGAGAUGGAGAAUGGGAAUAAUUUUAUGGUCAAGUCUUGCAAAUACUUGAGCUGGAACGAUGAAGUAAAACCCACAAGAUGUGUUAGUUCACGCAACAUCAGGCCAAUACCUCCACCUUUAUCUGUUGAAAACUAUGGAUUGAUGGAACCUGUUGAAGUGUUUAUUGAUCCGGGAUGGCGUCCAGGGAUAGUGAUGAACAUUCUCUGUGGGAAUCAGUACACUGUGUGUUUAGAGGCUACAAAGGAGUCUUUGGUGUUCAAACAUUCCGAUCUAAGGCCUCUAAAGGAGUCGAUAAUCCAACCGUUCAUGCGGAACUCUACUGAAGUAGAUGCUACCAUCACUCGUCAAAGGUCCCUGUAUCCUGUGGAAAACGCCAUUCCUGAGGGUGAACUUGUAGUUGUGCCUACAAGGGAACCCUCGGUAGCUCAAGGAUCGGGAAAUGAGAUGGCUGAUGAUGUAAGACAUGAAGCGGGUACAUCGGACAUAACUGGAGGAACACUGACGAAACUAACAGAGGACAAAGCUCAAGGAAACGAUUCAACACGGGAUAAUGAGAUUAGCGAAGAUGAGAAUCGAAAGAGGAAAAGAGAGGAAAACCGUAUAUCUACGGCUAAUGUGGAGGAAACCAGAGCAUAUGAAACAACAAUGGUUUUGCCUUUUGAGAAGAAGUUACUAAUUUGGAAGAAAAUUGAAUCAUUAGAUGUAUUCAAAACGUUCCCACAAAGUCCCCACUUCAGCCCCCACUUCAGCCCAUUGGUCGAGACUGAAGAAGAUUUCCGUGAAAUGUCUGCGGUUGGUAUGGUCUACACCUAUUCUGCGUUACUAGAAGAAGUCAGAGCCCUGAAAUGCUUCAGUCCCGUAAGCACAUUGAAAGGCCUGAGAGAUUCCUUUGCCAUGCUAGAGAAGCACGGGUUUGAUGUGAAAGCUCCUCAAUUGCGAAUCCAAAAGUUGUUGUCUCUCAAAGAUAGGCAAGCAGAGAUAACAGAGGAACUCAAGGGUGCUGAGAUAAAGAUUGCAGGGAAAGAGAAUGAAAAGGUUGAGUUCAAACGCAAGAUUGUGGAGCUUGAAGAUGGGAUAGCUCAGUUGAAAUCAUGUGCAGAAACAAUAGAGCAAGAGCUUGAAGAUGUGGAGCUUCAGAUUUGGACAACUGCGUCGGCUCCAUGGUAAAAAGUUUGUAUGACCUCUAAGCUAAGCUCUAUUAUGCAAAUGAAAAAAAAAAAACUUUUUAGAUUAUUGUAUAUGAAAUGGCCGUUGAUG